CAGAACGGUGAGAAAACCAACAAUGGCAUCCAUUACCGCCUGCAGCUGCUGUACAGCAACGGGCUGCGGACAGAGCAGGAUCUCUACGUGCGGCUCAUCGACUCCAUGUCCAAGCAGGCCAUCAUCUACGAGGGGCAGGACAAAAACCCCGAGAUGUGCCGUGUGCUGCUGACCCACGAGAUCAUGUGCAGCCGCUGCUGUGACAAGAAGAGCUGCGGGAACCGCAACGAGACGCCCUCCGACCCCGUCAUCAUCGACAGGUUUUUCCUCAAGUUCUUCCUCAAGUGCAACCAGAACUGCCUGAAGAACGCGGGGAACCCCCGGGACAUGCGCCGCUUCCAGGUGGUGGUGUCAACGACGGUGAACGUGGACGGGCACGUCCUGGCGGUGUCCGAUAACAUGUUCGUCCACAACAACUCGAAGCACGGGCGCCGGGCGCGACGGCUGGACCCCUCCGAAGGUGAGCGCCCCCAAGCUCUGCCGGAGCAUCCAGCUAGGGAGCCCUGGCCCAUGGCACCUGACCCUCGCUGUCUCCCUCCCUUCCCAGCACUGAACGAGCCGACCAUCGACUACGGGUUCCAGCGGCUGCAGAAGGUGAUCCCCCGGCACCCCGGAGACCCCGAGCGCUUACCCAAGGAAGUCCUGCUGAAGAGGGCGGCAGACCUGGUGGAGGCCCUGUAUGGGAUGCCGCACAAUAACCAGGACAUCAUCCUGAAGCGAGCAGCAGACAUCGCCGAGGCCCUGUACAGCGUCCCGCGCACCCCCAGCCAGCUGUCCUCGCUGGCCGGGAACCACGCCCACGCGGGCAUGAUGGGCGUCAACUCCUUCGGGAGCCAGCUGGCCAUCAACAUCAGCGACUCGGCCCCGGGCACCGAGCAAGGCUACGCCCGCAACACGAGCAGCGUCUCACCACGGGGCUACGUGCCCAGCUCCACCCCGCAGCAGAGCGGCUACAACACCAUCACGUCCAGCAUGAACGGCUACGGGGGGGCGGCCAUGACCGGCCUCGGGGUGCCCGGCUCCCCCAGCUUCCUCAACGGCUCCACCGCCAACUCCCCCUACGCCAUCAUGCCCUCCAGCCCCCCGCUGGGCGCCUCCUCCAUCACCCUCCCGUCCGGCGCCAGCUCCUCCACCCCCGCCGGCGUCUUCUCCUUCUCCCCGGUCAACAUGAUCUCCGCCGUCAAGCAGAAGAGCGCCUUCGCCCCCGUGGUGCGGCCGCCCACCUCCCCCACCCCCACCUGCACCAGCACCAACGGGAACAGCCUGCAGGACCAGUCUUUUGAGGACUCCGACAAGUUUCACCCCCCUGCUCGGUCGCUCCAAGGACUGGCCUAUUCCUAGACACAGUA